AUGGCUUGGGUUCUGAAUGCCGACGAGGCGAUAAACCAUGAGUCGCAAUAUCCGACUAUCGUCAUCAUCUGCGCCGUUCUCUCCUUCUUCUCCAUCUUGAUCGUCGGAACCCGUCUGUAUAUACGAUACCACGCCCGUGGUCUUGCUGGCGAUGACUGGAUGGCUGCUCUAUCCGUCGUGUUCGCGCUCAUCUACUCGAUCCUCUGCAUUGUCCAAACUAGAUACGGCCUGGGACUACCCAUCAAAGACCGGCCGGCAGCCAGUCUGAUUCCGUACACGAGAGUCAACUUUGCGGGACGCCCUAUUUACCAACUCGGAAUCAGUUUCUUCAAGAUUGCUCUCCUCAUCAGCUAUCUACGGCUUCUCAAAGGCACAGAUCAGAAUACGUACCGCAAGGUUGUCUUUGCUACCAUCCUGGUGGUGUUUCUUGGGCAUUUGGGUUGCGCUCUCUCACUCAUUUUUGCCUGCCACCCCGUCGACAAGUCUUGGAACCCCUUGAAGGCUGGAACUUGCCUGCCCGCUGGGCCGUCUUUUACUGCCUACGCGGUGGUCACCAUCGUUUCCGACAUUAUUGUCGCCAUCAUUCCCCUGCCGGUUCUCCUCAAGCUUAAUGUUCAGCUGGGUAAGAAGCUCGGCCUCAUUGGCAUUUUCUUGCUCGGGCUCUUCACGACAAUCUGCUCGAUCCUACGAUACACACAAAUCAAUCGAAUCUCGAACGGCGAUGGCAACUCCACGAUGCUUGUUCUUUGGGGGACCAUUGAGUUCAAUGUCGGCAACAUGGUUUCCUCGCUGCCAUUCUUAGCACCCGUCUUCAUGAGGAAGGCCAAGGAAUACCGCACCAAGAACUCGUACAACAAUGGAUCAUCUCACCAGAACAGUCGAGGAGGUCCCAAGGGCGAGCACAUCAAGCUUAGUGAUGUGACCAACAGCCGUGAUCACGAUAAAGACAAGAGUGUCAUCUUGUCCACCGGCAAGUCCUCGAGCGAGGAAAAUAUCCUUCAGGGGGCGGGAAUCAUGAAGUCCGUCACAUACAGCGUGCGAGUGGAUGACGACAGCAAUCAGCCUAGGCGGCGGAACGACAGUUUCGAAGAUAAUGUCUAGAUGAUUGAUGCUAUGUGGGAGCCUGCAUCAUAGGCCUGGAUUCUCUUCUUCUUCCUUUGUAUUUCCUUUGUCCUAAUUUUCCUUUGUUUACUUAAG